AUGUUUGGAAUAUCAUAUUGGAUAAUACCUAUAUUUUCAGGAAUAGUAUGGCUUGCUAUGCUUCUUGCCAUGUUAUUGACAUGGGCCGUCGCAGAUGGUGCACCAGUAAUUACACCUAUGGACCCAGGACAAACCAUUGCAUAUAUUUCAGAUAUCGGAGCUCAUGAACUUCAACCACUCUUCAUCGCCAUGGGGACAGUCACCGUCGUUACUUUUAAUAUUGUAUUUAUUUCCGAGAGAUGGCUUCGACACAGUGGACGUUUACAUGGAAAUACAUCGGUUUUUCAAAAAGUCCUAUCGAGCUUGGCGAUUCUCUGUUCGAUUGCGGGAGGAAUCGGUUUGAUCUGUCUUACCUGUCUCAACGAUGUUAAACACCAUACUGCACACGAUGUUUGCCUCGCUAUCUUCAUCGGCGGCUUCAUCCUCUCCGCCAUCUUCAUCUGCUGGGAAUACCAACGCCUCGGCUUUCACUACCGCCAACAUUCGAUCCUACGCAUUUCCUUCUGGCUCAAACUCUCCUUCAUAAUCCUCGAACUAGGCCUAGCCAUCGCAUUUGGUGUCUGUAGUCAGAAGGAUUACUGGAAUACGGCAGCGGUCCUCGAAUGGAUCAUAGCGUUGGUGUACACAUUCUAUGUGUGGAGUUUCGCAAUCGAUUUUGUGCCGGCGGUCAGAUCGAAACAUUUCUCGAGUACGGAUACGGAGGUGGAGUUGGCGAUGGCGAUGGAGGGGGAGAGUAGGCAGAGAGGGUUUGCGGGGGUAGAACAAGAACAGAGGGCUUAUGCGAAUACGGGGAGUGCGGGGGGUAGCGGGGGUGUGAAUGGGCAUGGGAAUGGGCAUGGCAGGUAUAAUCCUGUGGAACCGAUUAUUCCUUCGAGGAAUUUUUAA